GUUCAGCAAGUAUUGGUUGGGUGUGUUGGUUGACUAGAAAUCGGGAAGGUCUGGAUGAUUGUCGAAUGACGACGACGACGAUGCAAGCUGGAGGAGACGGCAGUGACGGCCAGGCAGGCGAGCAGGCAAGCAGGCAGGGGCCGACAGUGCCAGAGAGGUAGCCUCCGGUGGGUAAUCUGCAGCGCUAGAUCCCAAGCGCGUUAGUGCGGGCUGCGCCGGAACAUCAGCGGACCGACACCGCCCAGCCAAGCCGGGCGUGCAUUAGUGGCUUGGGGGCGGAACUCCAGGUCCCCGCCAACGAAACACCGGCAGAAAAAAAAAAAGUUCAAGAGAGCUCCAUGCAGGUAGUCUCAAGAGACUUUAAUUCGUACUUGGAGAUUCACGCGCAGUCGUCUCUGUCUCUCGCAGUUACUUUCUAUUGAUUCUUGCUUGAAACGCAUUCUACGGCAAUAGUACGAAAAGUAAGAAUUACUAGUUAGUUCGGUCGCCACCUCGAAUAUGGCGUCUGUAAAGGCCAAGAACAAGGCGCUAUUCGAUGAUAGCGAGUCCGACUCCGACGGCGGUGCGAAUCUCAAGAUCAACGAUGCUUACGCAAAGCGAUUCGAACACAACAAAAAGCGUGAAGAGCUCCAUAGGCUGGAGGAAAAGUACAAGUCGAACCGAUCCAAUGGCGACAACUCGAAGAGCAGAGAAGAGGACCAGGACGAUGAAUCAUCUUCGGAUGAGACAGAGGAUGACGACGGAUUCCUGGCUACUGAAGAGCUUGACGCCCAAAUAUCCGCUACUCUCCAGGCUAUAAAAAGCAAAGACCCCAGAUUAUACGACGGGAAAUCGACAUUCUACACGCCUAUAGAAGAAGAUUCAUCCAAACCCGCUGCCUCGAAAGAAACGAAGGAAAAGCCAGUUUUCCUUCAAGACUACCAUCGAGAAAGAUUUCUGCGUGGAGACAUAGGCGCAGACGACGAGGACCAAGAAGUUCAACCACAGACGUACACACAAGAACAGGAUAGCCUAAAAAAGAGUCUUCAAAAUGAGAUUCAGGCUCAGCUCAAUGCUGCUGGCAGUGAAGACGGCAGCGAUGAGGACGGAGAUUUCAUGAAGGCUAAGAAGGGAGCUAAAGCCGCCUCGUCGAACGGUGUUCACCCGUCGCGAGCGGCGAAGAUUAAAGUUCCAGUACCUGAUGUAAAGGAGGCUGAUAAAGAUCCUGAACUUUUCCUAUCAAACUUCAUGGCAUCUCGUGCCUGGGCUCAAGGGGAAGGCAGUGGAUGGCAAUCGCUCGAAUCUGAUGAAGACGAAGAUGAGAAGGCCGACGAGUGGGAAGCAGCCUACAACAUGCGCUUUGAAGAUCCUAGCAAGAGUAAUGAGGUCCUAAGGUCAUAUGCUCGUGAUGUUACGACUUCCGUUUCUGUUAGGAGAGAGGAGAAAACAGGACGAAAGCGCCAACGAGAGCUUGAGAAAGAGAGGAAAGAACUCGAGAAGAAGCAACAGAAGGAAGAGCGCGCGCGCUUACGACGACUGAAGCUUGAAGAAGCCGAGGGCAAACUAGCAACGAUAAAAAAGGCUGCUGGGCUUAGAGGUAAAGUACUGAAGGAUGAGGAAUGGCAAAAGCUGCUCGAGGGCGCCUGGGAGAACGAUGAGUGGGAGCAAGAAAUGAAUAAAUUCUUCAACGACGAAUACUACGCCGAAGGAGAUGAAGGCUCUGACGAUGAGGACGCCGCCAAGGGUUCAAAUAAGGUAAAGAAACCAAAGUGGGACGACGAUAUUGAUAUCAAGCACAUCAUUCCUGAUUUCGACGAAGAGGAACGUCAAAAGUUUACCCUUACCGAUGAUGAAGCAGUCGAGGAGGGUGUGGAAGAGGAUGACGAAGAUGUCCCAGCAGCUAAGCGACAGAAGACCACGAAGGAGCGGAAGAAGGAACGUUUAGCCAGCCAAAAAGACGCCCGCAAGGAGCGCGCUAAACUGGAAGCUUUGGUCGACGCGCAAAUGGAUCUAGAGGACCCGGAGAUAUUGAAUGGUGCAACCUCAUCGAAGAACACAGGUCUAUCAAGCUUCGGAUACAUGGAGACAAAGCCCGAAGCAUUCGGUCUUACAACUCGCGACAUUCUAAUGGCAUCAGAUGCAGACCUGAACUCUUUUGUGGGUCUAAAGAAGCUCGCUCACUGGCGAGAUCCGGAGAAGCAGUCGAAAGACCGCAAGAGACUUGGCAAGAAGGCCCGACUGCGGCAGUGGCGCAAGGACACUUUUGGUCCGGAGUUCGAACGGGAACCGCCGGCACUCAACUUCGGCAAGCUUGAGAAAGAGAAGACUACGACUGCCGACGAGGAGGACGCUGGUAAUGUCAUCGAGGGCUCGAAGAAGAAGCGCAAGCGAUCGCGACCAAAGAAGGGGAAAGAGGUUUCCGCUACGGAAUAGAAUUCCUAGACGACUUGUACAACAACGAGUUUCUACGUAGCAAGCCGGACGGAUUUGUUCGUGUGAGAUAUAUAGAUAGAUACCCAAUGAAAGCUCAAGGAGACAAAAAUAUCUUAGGCACUUUGUUUGCAUCUACUAUAACUAAAACUUCUUGCAACCUGAUAUUAAUUGAU